AUGGUUCAUGAGACAGUUACGAGUGUUACCAAUUUUGUACCAAUUGAUGAAAGAGACAAGAUUGAACAUCAAGUUGAAAUUGAAAGUUAUUUAGAUUCUCAAGCACAUUUUAAAUUAAAUUAUAGAUCCAAUUCAAUUGUAUCAAUUGAUGAAGUUGAAAAAUUACCAAAAGUAAAAGUAUUAGGAACUGGUGGUACAAUUGCAUCAAAAGGUUCAAAUUCAAGUCAGACGGCUGGUUAUUCAGUCGAUUUAACUAUUGAAAAUUUAAUAUCUUCAAUCCCUGAUUUAUCUCCAAUUUGUCAGUUAGAAUAUGAACAAAUAUUUAAUUUGGAUUCAAAAGAAAUUGGAGCAAAAGAGGCUCUCAAGUUGUAUAAUCAAAUUAUUUUAGAUUUACCACAUUAUGAUGGGAUAGUUAUAACUCAUGGAACUGAUACAAUGGAAGAAACUGCUUUUUUUUUACAACUUACAAUAAAUACUUCAAAACCAAUUGUACUUUGUGGUUCAAUGAGACCUUCAACUGCAAUUUCAUCAGAUGGACCAAUGAAUUUAUAUGAAGCUAUAGUUAUUGCAAGUUCAAAAAAUUCUUACGAUAGAGGAAUAUUAGUUGCUUUAAAUGAUAAAAUUGGUUCUGGUUGGUAUAUUACAAAAUCAAAUACAAAUUCAUUAGAAACUUUUAAAAAUAUAGGUCAAGGAUAUAUUGGAGAUUUUGUAAAUAAUGAAAUUUAUUAUUUUUAUCCACCUAGAAAGCCAAGUGGGAUUGAAUAUUUCAAUAUUGAAAAUGUAAAAGAUAAAUUACCUGAUGUAGCGAUUGUAUUUGGUCAUCCAGGAUUAAAUAAUGAGAUAUUUAAAUUGUUAAUUGAGAAUUUGAAGAUGAAGGGGAUUAUAUUGGCUACUAUGGGUGCUGGAUCAAUGAAAGAUGAAACAAAUCAGUAUCUUGCAGACUUGUUGAAAGAUAAACCUGAAUAUCCAAUUAUCUAUAGUAAGAGAUCAAUGGAUGGGAAGGUUCCAAUUGGUGCUUUGCCUAACGUUAUUGUCGAUGGUCAGGUUCAAGUUUUUAAUAAUGCAGUUGCUGGUGGUUAUUUAAAUCCUCAGAAAUCAAGAAUAUUACUAAGUUUAUGUUUAAAUGAAGGUUAUAAUUUAGAAAAAAUUAAAAAAAUAUUUAGAAAAGUGUAG